ACUCAUUAUGAUACGUAUGUGUAAGAUAUAACAUUUAUGACCUGUUAUAUGGCUCAUUGUUUCUCAUAGUAGAAAAAUGAUGCAUUAAACUGUACCAUUAGAUGCAACUGCAAACUUUGAUGAUACACAAUAAAUAGACAUCUAGUUUUUUUUUACUUCUUCUGUGGGGAAGCAAUUACAUUCCUCAUAUACAGACUUGUUAUAAAGACCUGAGAAAAAGAGAUUUCUUUUAAAAGUAAUCAAAUAUAUAAUUAAAAAUGUUUUUAUUCACACAGUAAAAAAACAACUGUUGUAUGUGUGUGUGUGUGCUUUAUGACCUUAAUGUGCUGACCAGUGGAAUGUGAUGAUGAAAGCAGGAAGUUGGCAACUUGUUUUCUCUCUUUCUUUCUCUCUCUCUCUCUCACACACACACCUGUACUGUUUGUAAUAAGAGCCACGUGGUCUCAGAUGUGUAUAAAUUGAAGAAAGGCUGAUGCAUAACUCCACAAGGUUUUUUUGAUCGGUUUGGAUUUCUCCUUAACAGGACUUAAACACUAACUCUUUUCAAAGAUGGUCAACAUUAAAAUCUGCACAUUGUGCCUGCUCUUAUUUGGCCUUUUCAGCACGGAGAUAGAGGCAGCAAGAUGUUGCCUCAACUAUCGUAAAUCACCGAUAGACUGUCGAAAUAUGAAAGGCUACUAUAUCCAGGACAUCACUAAAAGAUGUGACAUCCCUGCAAUUGUCUUUCAGACGAUGACAGGAAGAUUAAUAUGUGCAGACCCAAAGGAAAACUGGACUCAAAAACGAGUCUCAUGCCUGAAAAUGAAGGCAGAAAGAAUGAAGACUGGCAAUAUGUUUUAAGAUGUCUACAGAGCGCACAAAGAAGCUAAAGAAAACGUAUAUUUGUUACUGCUAUAGUUUGAACCUGUUAAAAAAUGUUAUGGUUUGUAAGCCUAUUUUGGGAUGUUGUAAAUCAAUUUGGAAAGUUUUGUGUUUUUAUAUGACAAAAUGUUUUUUUACAGCUUCUCACAUUCACUGUAAAAUAUAUUAACCAUAUGAACUUAAAAACUUUAGUUUGAAAGCUGCCCCUUUGUCCCUGGUUCUAGUUGCUUUUAUACUUGAACCAAUUUACCAAAUUUCAGGCAGCUUUUGAACUUAAGUUUUAAGGUUUUUUACUUUUAAAAUGUUUUUUUAAAUAAUGGUUUAUAUUUUAAUAUGGAUAUAAAAUGUGCAUGUGUAUUGAAAAGACUCGCAUACUAGAGACUAUUCCACAUGGUUUCUGUAACUUAAAUGUUACAAAUUGUAAAUUGAACGUAUGUUCUUCGUUCAGUAUGUUCUCUUUUGUGGAACGGCCUAGUGCUGCCCUCUUCUGUUCAAAGCCAGCAUUACAAGCUAGGUGUUUUUACCUUUGGGUGAAAUUAAAUAUUCAAUGGAAUUGCUUAAAUAAAUUGUAAAUGACAUUUUGAUAAUAUUUAUUUGAUGUUGUAUUUAUAAAUAAACGUCCUUCA